AUGCAGGGUGGAGUUCGACGUAAGAAUGAUCUUCUACCGCGGUACAGGAACCAGGGUGGGUCCUCGAAACGUGGGUUUCUAACGACUCCCAUGAAAAAGAUGAUAAUGUAUGUGAUUGUGCUCUUGAUGGUGUGGAUGGUGGUCAAGACGACGUUUAUGGGCGGUGAAGAGGCGCGCUACGAGUUGGAGACCACUUUGGCGCAAGCUGGUAUUCCAAAAGACGCUCUAGAAGCGCAAAUCGAUGCGUCUGAUGCGAUCAACAAGGUGCCGAAGGAACGGUUCAACAAUGAGGUAGCCAAGCAACAGGAAACCAAAAAUCUCGAGAAUGAGUACAAGUCAGACAAGCUGGACACCAAGAAGGAAAUCGGCAACAGCGUGCGCGCCGUCAAACAACAGGAAGAGGCUGAUGAACCUAUCGACGAACAAGCACGCCGUAUAAACGAAAAGGCUCCUUUCAAGAAAAUUCCAUCGUGA